AUGAGUUAUUGGAACCCAACUAUUUUGGUAUUAAAAUAAUAGAAAGUAGAACAAACAAAGACAAAUAGACUAAUUGAUGGGGAGAGUGAAUAUAAUUAUUAAAUAAAAAUAAUUAUAAAAGUUUCCAAAUAAAAAUUAUAUUUAGGAUAUUAGAAAAAUAAACUACAUGACAAUUUAAUAGAAGAAGCAAUUUAAAUAUCGAAAAAUAUUAAAGUUAUAAUAAGUUAAACAGUCUCUUUAUGACCGAAAUAGUGAGUAUAGAAAAAAAUAGGAUAUAUAAAUUAAGUUAAGAAUUAUUAUUAACUAAAUGUAGCAAUUAAAACAGCCAAAGCCUAGAUAGAAGAAGAAAUAGAGGAAUAGGCUAAAUACAUAAAGAAGAUCAGUAGCAUUCGUUCUGUAAUUUUCAACAAAAAUCAAUUGAGAAAUAGAAAAAAUUGAUGUACUAAGUGAAGAGAACAAAAAUAAACAAUGUAUAAUUAAUUGAAUUUUAAUCUAAAUACAAUUAUUAAUUAUAUUGGGCUGAUAGAGUAAAAAAUCUUGAAGAAGAAUAAAAAAUUUAAACAUAAGUUAUUUAAAUCUAUUAUGAAUUAAGACAAUUUGUGAAUUAUUUGGAGUAAAAAGAGACACUAUUAUUAAGAAGAUUAUAAUAGAAUAAGUCUUCAUAACAAUUUUUAUAAUAAUAUUUAGAGGAUGCAUCUAAAUUAAUACCCCUAAGAGUUUGA